AUGUAUUUGAUUUCAAUAUAUUUAUUCAUUAUAUCAUUAUCAUAUUCAAUUGCUUCACCAAUAUUGAAAAGAGAUACUGAAACACCACAUGUCAAAUUAUCAAAUGGUCCAAUCUCUGGUAAAUAUUUGGCAGAAUAUAAUCAAGAUGCUUAUUUAGGUAUCCCAUAUGCUGAACCACCAUUAAACAAUCUAAGAUUUAAACCACCAAUCUCCUUACAAAAAACAUGGUCUGAAGUUCAUCAAUUUAAUGAAUAUGGUGAUGCUUGUUUCUCUGCAAGUGGUUCUGAUUCAAAUGGGUUAAAACAAUCUGAAAAUUGUCUUUCAUUAAAUAUUAUUAAACCUCAUGGUGAUCACAGUAACUUACCAGUUGUUAUUUGGAUUCAUGGUGGUGCUUUUAGUGAUGGUUCAAGUUCAACUCCAACUUAUAAUGGUUCUUUUAUUGUUCAAAAUUCAGUUGAUAUGGGGAAACCAAUAAUUUUUGUAUCUAUAAAUUAUAGAUUAAAUGGGUUUGGUUUUUUAAAUUCCAAAGAAAUUGUUGAUAAAAAAUGGACAAAUAUUGGUCUAAGAGAUCAAAUUAAAGCUGUUGAAUGGAUUAAUGAAAAUAUUAAACAAUUUGGUGGUAAUCCAAAUCAUUUAAUUUUAUGGGGUGAAUCUGCUGGUGCAAAAUCUGUUGGUAGAUUAUUAAAUAAUAAUAAAUUUCUUGGAUCUUAUAUAAAAGGUGCUAUAAUGGAAAGUGGUGCAAAUGUUUUCGUUAAUGUUCCAAAAGGUGUAACUUCUACAAAUCAAGAUAAUUUUAAUAAUUUAGUUAAACAUUUCAAUUGUGGAAAUGGUGAUGUCUUGGAAUGUUUACAAAAAGUGGAUCCAAAUGAAUUACAUGAAGCUUUUAAAACUUCAAAUGGUAUAAUCUCCCAGGGUUUCAACUAUCCAAGUAUUGAUAAUGAUAUUGUUCCAGAUUCAGGAUAUAAUUCGGUUCAAUCUGGUAAAACAACAUGGAAUGUUCCAUUAUUAAUUGGUACAAAUACAGAUGAAGGUAGUAUAUUUACAGAUGUUUCUAUUGAUAAUUUACAAAAUUCUAAAAAUUACUUGUCAAAAACAUUCCCAAAUUUAAAAACUGAAUCAAUUAAUAAACUUUUAAGUUUUUAUACAGAUGAUCUUGAUAGUUUAAUUACACCAAUUGAUCAAAAACCUUAUACAGAUAAACCAAUAAAUUAUCCAUCAAAUGUUAAAUCCCAAUAUAAAACAUUAGCAACAUUAAAUACAGAUGUUUUAUACGUUAUGGCAACAAAAUUGACUUCAAAAGCUUAUAUUAAUUUAAAACAAUCUGUUUAUAAAUAUAGAUUUAAUUUACCAAAAUUAGAUACUCAUGGUGAAGAUUAUUAUAAAGGUUCAUCUCAUGGUAUUGAAGUUCCUUAUGUUUUCAAUAAUAAAAUUUUAUUAAAAAAAAAUAAUGAUGUUAACCCUCAGGUUUAUAAAAUUUCAAAUACUUUAGUUAAAUUAUGGAUUUCUUUUAUAAAUGAUUUAAAUCCAAAUCCACAAGGUAAUGAUGUUAAAUUUGAUAUUGAUGUACCAAAUUGGCCAAACUAUAAUGAUGAGAAACAAAUUGUUUUCAAUUUAAAUGAAUUUCAUAUUGAAGAUGAUACAAGAAGAAAUAAUCAAUUUAAUUUUAUUAAAGAUCAUAUUCAUGAAUUUGAUGGAUAA